UUGGUUUUUGAAUGGUGACGGCAGCCAAAUCAUCACUAAAAAGUUUUUCGUUUUUAUGUGAAGGAAUUUUUUCGUUUUUCCCAAAGUUUUUGCUAUUUUAAUUUCAAUAUUGUGCUACAAAAAUAAAACCAAAAAACCAACACUCGUGAUUCAAUCUAAUUUGUGUUUCAAUCAAAACAAAAACUAGUGAAAAUGGUUGACAAAUUCAUAAGUAUGUGGAAAGUGCGUGAAUUAGCAGACAAAGUCACUAAUGUUGUGAUGAACUACACAGAAAUCGAAGGUAAAGUUCGUGAAGCAACUAACGACGAUCCAUGGGGACCAACUGGACCACUUAUGCAGGAAUUAGCCCAUGCAACUUUUACAUAUGAAAGUUUUCCCGAAGUGAUGUCAAUGCUAUGGAAACGAAUGUUACAAGACAAUAAAACUAAUUGGCGAAGAACAUAUAAAAGUUUACUUCUGCUGAAUUAUUUAGUCCGAAAUGGUUCCGAAAGAGUAGUUACAUCAUCCAGAGAACACAUUUAUGAUUUACGAUCUCUCGAAAACUAUACAUUUACGGAUGAAGGUGGAAAAGAUCAAGGAAUUAAUGUUAGACAUAAGGUAAGAGAACUUAUAGACUUCAUUCAAGAUGAUGACCGUCUGAGAGACGAACGAAAAAAAGCCAAGAAAAAUAAAGACAAAUACAUUGGUAUGAGUAGUGAUGCAAUGGGUAUGCGAAGCUUUGCUACAGGCAGAGAUGGAGGAGGUGGUGGAUCAGGUAGUAAUGAAGGUUGGAAAACUUCACGCACUGAUCAUGGAGAAAAUUGGUAUUCCGAUGCUAGACCUGGUGAUCGAUAUGAUGAAGAUGAUAAUCCCUAUGAAGGGGAAAAGGAACUUUCGGAUAGCGACACACCAAGUCCAAGGACAUAUCGCUAUAACGACAGAGCUAGUCCAGCUGACGUUACCGCCACCGAUGUUAAGCCCAACAUCAGCAUUCGUACCAACAAACCAGUUUCAACAAUCACCAAACAGCCACAAAUUAAAUCGACAAUAGUGACAAAUAAAAAAAUCGAUAUGGGUGCAGCAGCGAAUUUUGGCAAAUCAAAAACUCCCGGCAUCCAUUCGCCAACACAUCGCGAUACACCUCCUGAGGAUAAUGUUACAAACAUCAACAACACAAACAAUAAUCUAAUUGAUGACCUAUUCAAAACAUGUCAACCAGUCGAAACUAUUAAAACACAAUCAUCUGCUGCUGGUGCCAAAUCAAAUGAUUUCGAUGAUUUCAAUCCACGUGCAGAUGACACCCAUGAGUUUGGUGAUUUUGCUAGUGCGUUCGGUAGUUCUGAGCAAACAUCAAAACCAAUUGCAACAACAAUUCCAGUAGCCAAAAUUGCGCCAGUAACUGCAUCGUCGAAAGCCGAUGAUUUUGCUGAUUUUGCAGCUUUUCAAGGUGAGGUGGUACCACCAUCAAAUAAUAUUUUACCACAUGCUAGUGGUGUGUCGAUGGGAGGAGGAAGUAUGUUCGGCAGUGGAUUAGUCAAUAAUUCAGUCAAUGGUAGUGCGUCACUUGAUUUAUUUGGAAGCCAACCGUCGUCGCAGUCGAAUGUUAUGUCCUCUGGUGUUAGUGGUAGUGCUGCUUCUGAUUUACUCUCAGGAUUUGGAGAUUUGUCAAUUAGUCAAGGAAUGCCAAUGGCUUCGACAACCAUCUCCUUCAAAUUGGACAUUGAACUUCAAAAACUCUUACAAGCAUUGAAAUCACUUCAAAAAGUCCAAUCAACAAGUGAUGUUCACCAUAUUGAAGAUAUAAUAUCCGCACUACGAGGAAAUCAUUUGCCAGGAAAUGCGACUCCACAAAAACUCAACGGCACCGAUGAAGAUUUCGAUACAAAAUGGCAAGAAUUUGCCACAUCAGUCUACCCCGAAAUCCUAUCGAACAUUUUCAAGCACUUUUCCUAUCAAUGGCCAAUCGACGAGGAUCGAUGUUCAUCGAAAGCUCUCGUAGACUUCUUGAAAAUCGAUCAUAAUUUUUAUUUUAUCUACGAGACGUUCUACGCCUUGAAUAAGGAAUUGGCAAGUUGGCCCCUGACAGCAGCAGAACUCUUUAGUGUCCUUCUUACCGAUGAGCAUUAUUUACCCACAGCAUUUAUUCAUAUUUCCAAGCUGAAUACAGAGGAUAAUUAUGACGAACCGAAAGUGAGUGAGUUCCUGCAAAUGUUAAUAUCACUGCCGAACAGAGUUGCCAACGUGUUGCAAGCAAAAAUGAAUGAAAUAUUUCAACCAACGAACUACGCUCACAUCCUUCUGAUGCACUUUACUCGAGCCUUGCAUUUUAUUAUGAAAACCAAUUCAGCGGACAACUCGUCAGCGAAAAUAUUCAACUUGAACUUCAUGAGCCGCUUGCUGAGUCGAAUAAUCACAACUUUUGGAAAUGAUGCUACCACGAGUUUGACUACAUUUGCCCACAUUCUAGUAGAAGUGUGUAAAAUAAAAGAGUACCGUCCUUACGUCAAUGAGAUUCUCCUAAUGCUCGAGGGGAGUGCUAUUCAAUCAUUUGCCAUGAUCGUAUUGAACGAGAAUUUGAAUCUCUAUCUUUUGGUCGAUAGCGCUGUUCUGCAUUCGGAACAAUGGAAUUUCUGUUUGCUAAAUAAGAUUCCGCUCAUGAAGAUGUUAUCGAACGAUGAUGCCAUAAACAGCCUCAUUCGAUACAUUGCAGUUGUUGACGAGUCUAACCCAAAAACCGAUUUAAAUGGUAAAAUUCUGUGGAAACUCUUACAGGAUCUGUUGCCUGUUUGGGCUAAUCGUCAUGCCAGCUCGAAAAUGACCCUAGCUCAGCACGUUUACAUAACGAAGUUCUUCAUUCUAACCAGUCAAUAUGUUCUGAGCAACGAAGCUGUGUUUAAAGUGGGAGAUCAGCAGAGGAACGACAUUCGUCGGCGUUUGUAUGAAGGCAAUAAAAACCAUUUGUCUUCGGUUGAUCCGAUUUUCCGUCAUAUUGGUAUGAUUUCGGCCGAAUUAAUUCUGGGAAUGCUAGAGACAGAUCCAAAGGCUGAAAAGCUGCAAUUCGAUUAUUCGUAUGUUGUGAACUUGCCUCAGGGUGAAAUUAUACAAACUCUCAGGGAUUUGCCUGGAAAAAUGAGCAAUAUCAAUCGAGUUGAGCUUUUGCAAAACGAAGUCGAUAGUGAAGCCUUGGAGGAGCUAUCGAAUGAGUUUUUCGAGUUGAAAAAGAAAUCCGUGAGCAAUGAAAAAAUCGAUGAAAUUAUUGAAGAAAUCCCCCGCAGGGCUGAGGAUGAACCAAUGCUAACUGAAAUCAUAGAAGAUGACGACGAGAAACUCGAACUUGAUUCAGAUGACGAUGAUUGCGUUCCAUAUGACAUGUCCAACGAUACCCCAACCAUUGCAGACAAGCGACCAAAAUUCCUUAUGGAUCUCAAAGAUGCACUUAUGACAAACGACGAUAACGAGACAUUCCAAAGUGCUAUGGAAGCGUCAGAGAAGCUUAUAAGCACCCAGCUGCCAACAAACGACGCUCAACAAGCUAUUGAACUAUUACAGAUCUUUAUAAGUCUCGAUAUGAAAUUUUAUUAUGAAAACUUCGAAGAGGUGAAGUUCAGAAAUUGUGUUGCUAUCUGCGUAUGUCAUCCAAAGCAGUGUGCUGAGUAUAUUUGUGGACAAUUUCACACCGACAAUACCUCUUACAAUGUAAGCUUGAGAAUUUUAAUGCUACAAGUGUUGGCAGCUUCGGCGAAGAUGCUUAGCGAGAGUAAACACAAAGACAACGAUGGAGUGUUGUCUUCAAAAAUUAUGGAGGUAAGUCCACAUCCAAGAAAGUUAAGAAUACCAAACGAACACAACUCACGUUUAAUUGAAUCUGAGAAAAUCAUUCGAGCUAGAUUGAAAGAGAAAACUAAGCGAUUUUUUUCCAGACCAAAGCCAGAAGUAUUGGGACAAGUCAAUCGCUUCACAUCCGUUGCCGGAUCAUUUUUCUUUCCAUUGGUCAGGGGUGAGCGUACCCGGCAAAUGGUCUUCGCAAAAUUUGGUAAAAUUUCACAUGACAUCGACACGUAUUUACUGUCGAAUUUCUUAAAUACCUUGACUGUUGUGGUGAUUGCCUCACAGAAUAGUCCCCUACUGCCGAAGAUGGCAAGGGAGGUAUUUGAUUUGUAUUCUUUCAUUCGAUUCAGCAGUGAACCAAAAGUUCGAAUGAACACUCUGCAGCUAAUAGGAGCCACAUUGGUUACAGUUCCUCGUUUCGUGCUAUUCAAUGAGUUUUUCGAUAAAUUAUUUGAAAUUAAGCAGUGGCUAGAAGAUUGUUCUAAAAGUCCACUUAUAGGUGGUGAAGCUUCAGAAGAUUGUCGGGAAGUUGCAGCUCAAGUGAUGUCCGUUUGUUAUGGAUUGAUUGCGGAGGGAAAUAAAUAGAAGAAAAACAAAUCGUUAUCAUCAUUACUUGGUCACCAAGUUCAAAAAUUACUUGUAAUUAUAUUAAUUAUUCAUUUAAAACAGUUUAACAGCUUCCAUUGUAAUACAAAAAAUAAUUUACAGAUUAUUCCAUCUUUUUUUCUAUGUAAAAUGUUGUCUUCAAUUUCUAUGAAACUGAAUUUAUAAUAAAGAUUUUGAAAAAAUAAACAAAUAAAUACAGCUGCCUUUUUUUAAUGUUGCUUGUACUAAUUCUUAGCCGUAGGUAAGUUUAUAAUCAUGUUUUGACAAAGGUUGCGUCUAUAUUUCAAGAGUUGGUAAAAUAAAGUAAUGUUGUAGCUCAAUUUCAUAGCACUGUUAAAU